CCCCUCCGCGCCUAAAAACAUGCAACCAGCUUUGACAGCUCACUGAAAAUCGCUCCGGUCUGUAUCGCGAAACGUUUGGGGUGGCAGUUUUUAACUGCAAUUCAGUCGAAAAUUCGUUUCAUUAGCCUCUUUUAACUCAACCCGCUCAAUUGCAAUGUGCUAAGCAAAUGUUUUGCACCGUUAUUUAUUGUUAAUGCGACUCCGCACGCAAUGCGAGCGAUCGUUACAAUCAGACCAGCCAGCAGCAAGAAGCAGCAUUGAUUAGCAACAACAGGGAAUAAGAAAAAAAAACGCGACAACGUUCCACAUUAUCGGUUCGCAAAACUUUCUCUCAAGUCCGGUGCUAGGGUAGCGUAACGUAAUUUCGGUAGAUUCGAGGGAGCAGUCUUCAUAAUCAUGCCAUUUGUGCAUUUGUGUACCACCGACGAAUAGAAAUACCACAUAUUUGGCGUUUUCGGAGACUAUCCUUAUCCUUUGACACGGAAACCCGGAAAUCGACGCAUGUAGAUAUAGGUGAAAGGUUCAUCGAGUGACCUCAAAAGUGCAUUAGUUAGUUGUGUAAGUAGUGCCGGAAGAUUUGCUACUAUCGUGGAUAAAGAAACACUGCUCCGAGUUGCCACUAUCCGACCUGUUUGGGAUGGUUAUGUGCGUGCGGCGAAUCAAACAUCGAAGGAAGAUUGUGGCCCGGUUGUAAAAAAAUCAAGAUUUUUUUUUAAUUAUCGACCGUAGUCACAAAACAACCAUAAUAGCCUACUGACGGAUUCAUCCAAAACAACCAACCAAAAUGAUGCAAAAGAAUUCAACCUUCGAAGACAAAUGGCCAAGUAUGCGGCCCGUUGUACUGAGUCUGUUGAAGCAGGAACGGGUCACACCAUCAGAAUGGCAGGAGCUGUUUUUUGCCGUGCAUCUCGUGUGCCUUUGGGACGAUAAGGGUCCGCUGAAGAUACACGAGAGCCUGCAGCAGGAUAUUGUGGCAUACAUUAAACAGGCACAGUGUCGCGUUCUCGCACAGCGUGAGGAGCAAGCCCUGCUGAAAGCAUACAUCGUGGAGUGGCGUAAAUUUUUCACGCAAAGCAAUUACCUACCGUUGCCCUUCGCGAAGCUGGAAAGCUGCCUGCAAAGCAAAGGUAGCUCUUCCUCGGUUUCGUCUUCCGGGGCUGGUGCAUCCUCUUCCUCGUCGUCGUCGGCGACCGCAACCGGAGCUGGUACGAGCCACAAUUCGGCUGCCUGCGCAUCGGCCAGUACAAGUAGCAGCAGUAGCAGCAGCUCCUCAAAGAAACCGACCCAUGCGGAAGACUCCAUCGUGCGCAAACUGAUGCUGGACUCGUGGAAUCAGAGCAUUUUCAUGAACAUCAAGCACCGGUUACAGGAGUCCGCCAUGAAGCUGGUACACGCGGAACGAAACGGCGAAGCGUUCGAUUCGCAGCUGGUGAUUGGAGUGCGCGAAAGCUACGUCAAUCUGUGCUCCAACACGGAGGAUAAGCUGGAGAUUUACAGGGAGAACUUUGAGGCGGCCUAUCUACACGCUACCUCUUCGUUCUACCGGCUAAAGGCAAGCGAACAGCUCCAAACGAACGGUGUGAAAAGCUUCAUGGAGUAUGCGGAUGCAAAGCUGCGCGAGGAGGAAGCCCGGGGCGAGCGAUACCUCGAACCGGGCAGCAUAACGGCCCUCGGUCAGUGCUGCGUUACGGUGCUUAUUGGUGACCAUCUGCCCACGCUGUUGGCCGAGUGUGCACCACUGAUUGAGGCUCGGGAAACGCAACGUUUGCAGCUGAUGUUUCGUCUGCUGGAUCGUGUGGCCGGCGGGGUAGAUCCGAUGUUAUGCGAUCUGGAAAAUCACAUCGUACAGGCCGGGCUGGCCGAUAUGGUGGCGGCAGCCGACAUCAUUACGCAGGAUUCGGAAAAGUACGUCGAACGGCUGCUGAAGCUGUUCCGCCGAUUCAGCGAUCUGGUGAAGGAAGCGUUCAAUGACGAUCCACGGUUUCUGACGGCCCGCGACAAAGCGUUCAAAACGGUCGUGAAUGACAUUACACUGUUUAAGCUGGAGCUACCCACCUCGAACACGGCGAUGGCCCGUGGAAUUAAGAUAUCUACGCCCGAGUCCAAGUGUCCCGAGCUGCUGGCCAACUACUGUGAUAUGCUGCUGCGGCGAACACCGUUCAGUAAGCGGCUGACCACCGAAGAGAUUGAAUCUCGUCUCAAGGACGUACUGUUGGUGCUCAAGUAUGUAAGCAAUAAGGAUGUCUUUAUGCGGUACCAUAAGGCUCACCUAACGCGCAGGCUCAUCCUCGACUCUAGCGCCGAUAGCGAAAAGGAGGAGGAUAUGGUGGAAUGGUUAAGGGAAGUCGGUAUGCCAGCGGAUUACGUGAAUAAAUUGGCUCGAAUGUUCCAAGAUAUUAAGGUUAGUGAAGAUUUGAAUACUCAGUUCCGUUCGCAAACGACGCGCCAUGAUGCGAUUAACAUCAAGAUCCUUAAUGCCGGUGCCUGGGCUCGGGGUUCCGAGCGUGUUUCGGUCAGUUUGCCGCUCGAGCUCGAAGACUACAUUCCGGAGGUGGAAGAAUUCUACAAGAAGAAACAUUCGGGCCGCAAACUCCAGUGGUAUCAUCACAUGAGCAACGGUACGAUCACGUUCGCCAACAACACGGGCCGGUUCGAUCUGGACGUGACCACAUUCCAGAUGGCGGUACUGUUCGCGUGGAACCAGCGCCCGAACGAGAGGGUUUCGUACGAAAAUCUUCGCCUUGCGACCGAACUGCCCGACCCCGAGCUGCGACGAACGCUCUGGUCGUUGGUAGCGUUUCCGAAGCUGAAGCGGCAGCUGCUGGUGUACGAACCGGCCAUAAGCAAUCCAAAGGAUUUCAGCGAAAACACCCUGUUCUGGGUGAAUCAGGAGUUUGCAAUCAUCAAGAACGGUAAGCCGCAGCGUCGCGGAAAGGUCAAUCUAGUGGGCCGAUUGCAGCUCAGCACGGAACGAUCCCAACAGGAGGACAAUCAAUCUAUAGUGCAGCUGCGAAUAUUGCGCACGCAGGAAGCAAUUAUCAAGAUUAUGAAGAUGCGCAAACGGUUGAGUAAUGCUGCGCUACAGGCCGAACUGGUUGAUAUACUUAAAAACAUGUUCCUGCCAUCGAAGAAAAUGAUUAAGGAGCAGCUGGAAUGGUUAAUAGAGCAUAAAUACAUGCGGAGAGAUGACGAUGAUAUAAAUACCUUCAUUUACAUGGCGUAAGGCAUCGCAAGGCUGGAGCUUCUAGGUGCAAACGAUCGGGUGCCGUAAGUCCUUUCACAGGGACGUGACUUAUGCGAUCGUAGUCAACCGACAGCAACACGAAUGAUAGCGUGUGUAGAUAAUGCAAGAGAAGAAUACAGUGGAAGAUGGCAGCUUGCCGGUAUAGCAUUUGCAAUUUCAUUUAAAGACGGACCAUAAACACAUCCACACACACACACACACAUGCAGAGAAACGAAUAUACAGAAGAAAAGCUUCUUCUCACACACAUCCCUGGGACCUGGGACUCAUCAUUGCGUGGAACACUUUUACAAGCGGAAACAAUUUGUUGUUGAUUUAUUUCUUACCGGAUGUACUCACCCAAGUGUGCGGGGUUGAACAAAACGGGGCGAACGAAUAUCGUAAUUGGCACCGACCUUCUACCUGAUGUUCUGGGAAAUUAGUAAUAAAAAAUAGCAUCGGGUUGUAAUCUUACGAAAAA